AUGGCGACGAACAAUCGCUGGCCGCUCCAGGAAGAGCAGGCUGGUCCGAGGCGCGUUUCCACCGCGGCCGUGUCCGAGUUUGAAGACGAUGAAGAUUUGGUAAAGAGCGAGACGCUGGUCGUCGGUACGACAAAUCUUUAUGUGGAUGGCAAGUUGAGAUUGAUUCCCAUGCCAACGCCUGACCCCAAAGACCCUUUGAACCUCCCCGCAUGGCGUAAAUGGACGGCAAUCGGUGCGCUCUGUUUCUUCGGCGCCCUCGCCUUGUCCGCGGAAAUCGUCAUCGGCGGUCUGCUCCCCGUCUUCAUCCUCGAAUACUCGGGAGUCGACCCGCGUAUCCUCAACAGCAUCGACUUCAAGGCCCAGAGCGGCGGCAGCGGCCUCAACAUCAACCCCUUGUCCGUUGUGCCCCCCGGCGUGGUGCCCGCCUCGCUCGAGGAGGUCAGCAUGCUGGCCACAAUACCCCUCAUUGCGAACGGCAUCGCCAGCUACUUCCUUGUGCCGACCUCCAUCUGGAUCGGCCGUCGCCCCGUACUCAUCUUCGCCGCGACGGCCGCGUGGGCUGGCGGCCUGUUCGCCGCCUUCAGCACCAGCCUCCAUCAGCACUUGAUUGCGAGAGCCAUCAUGGGCCUGGGGGCCGGCGCGGUAGAAGCGCUCAUCCCGCUGAUUGUCCAGGACCUGGUCUUCAUUCACCAGAGGAACAAAGCCAUGUCGGCCGUUAUUUCCAGUCAGGGAAUCAUCAUCAUCGCGCUGGGUGUUUUGGCUCCGUGGAUUUCGUCCAACUACACAUGGAGAUGGAUGUACUACAUCACAUCCGGUCUGGGCAUUGUUGCAUGGGGCGUCGUCAUCGCUUUCGUCCCCGAGACUCGAUGGACGAGGUCCCAGGAGGAGCUCAGCGGCCAAACCGUUUACUCUCUCAAGCCUGGCCAGAACCGUCCUCAGAUCGACUAUAUGGCCUACACCCCACGCACGGUCUGGACCAACAUCGGUGUCUUCCAGAACGGAUUCGAGCUGAAGGCUGCCGCCAAGUCCAUGCUCGAUGCCCUUCGAUCGACCUAUUUCCCCGUCGUCAUCUGGGCUGUCUUCCUCAACACCGCUGGCAUCGUCAUGAACCAGGCCUCGUCGCAAAUCACGCCCUUUGCGUUGCUGGCUCAGGGCUGGGAGUUCCAGUGGACCGGUCUUACCGUGCUACCGUUCUUCCUUGCGUCGGCUCUCGUCUAUGUCUUUGGUGGCCCCGUGGCCGACAAGAUCUCCAACGCGGUGACGAAAUGGCAAGGCGGGAGCCGAGAACCGGAGCAUCAUCUCGCCAACUUGAUUCUACCCAUUGUUUCUGGUGUGGCAGGCUGCUUCGUCUUCGGAACUGCCGGUGAGCAAAAUUUACAUUGGGGAGUGCUCCUCUUUGGAUCGUUCCUGAUCGUCUUCGCCUUUUUGACUCUAAUGACCAUCCUCAACGUCUUCAUCGUUGAGAGCUAUCCACAAUGGGCAGGUCCCGUUCUCGUCAACGUCUCCUCGCUACGCAUCGUCAUCGCCUUCUUCCUCGCCUCCAAGGCCACCGUCUGGAUCGCUGAGAAGGGCCCGAUGGCGACCUUUGCGCUCUACGCCGAGGCCCUCAUCGUCCUAUCUCUUGGACUGCCGGUGUUCUACUUCUGGGGCAAGAAAAUACGACAGUGGACCGCCGGAAGCGUCAAGGGCACGCAGAGCGAGAAGGAAAAGGCGUUCAACGAUGGUGCUUCCGUCUGA